AUGUCUUCUCACCAAGCCGGUGAUGGUACAGAAAACAGACCUGGCUCGUCCAGGUCAACGAGUGCUCUUGCCCUCGGGUCGACCUACUCACCUCCGACAAGCCCGCGCCUGCUCAACCAAGACGUUGUCCAGAACAAACAGGCCGUGAUUGCCAAAAAUGAUAAUACCACACCUUCUGUAGGCACCUCAGCCAGGCCUGCCUACACCUCAAGAACUACAUCAUCAGAUUCUCAGAGGCUCUCAUUGCUCUCACAAGCUGUUGCAACAUCACAGUCGAGAAAAUAUACCGAGUGGACAUCUCCUGCUGGUGCUAGUGGCGAUAAGAAAUACAAGCAGAGUAGCGGUACAAUCAAAGGUGUGAAACGAGUCAACUCGGACGGCCAGUCUUGGGACAGUCAAUUUCACGUUACCGUCGGUGCAAACCACGAUACUCAUAUGGAAGAUCCGGACCAUUCAGGAUCUCAAGAUGUCUCAAAAGAUCAACAAGCAGCAGACAAGGACCCUGUACCACAGAGGUCAAAUACCAUCCGAGCUGGGCGCGAUGCAGCCAUAAAGGAAGCACUCUCGGAGAAGAAGCCAGAGCGGAGUGUCAGUCGUGGACGCUCAGUCACAGACAAGUCUAUUGAGGCAACGGUCAAGAAACCAGAGGCAGGAGGCCAGGCUAGAAGCAGAAAGACAAGUCACAUGAUGGGUAUCUGGGACCCUCAAGCAGAUCAGAAGCGUGUCGAUCAUCGCCAGCUUCCAGAGCUUCAGGAAGGUACUACGUCACCGCCGCCCCGGCCAGGUAGCUCUGGAGGCGGUCGACUACCCUCGUCUACGACUAGCCGCCCGAUUUCCCCGCAACGGGUUCUGAAGACGGGCUCUGUUGUCGGCUCUCCACCGCCGAGUCCAGCGCUGACUGCCGAAGCGACUCUUGCACGACAGGCUUUUCGAGAUGCGUCUCGCUCACCCUCCAGGCGAUCAAAAUCCUCUCGACGCCGGCCAGAGAUACCAGCUGAUCUCCUGGAUGACAUUCGACACCAACGCUUCACUCUAUCAGAGACGCCGACGGUUCAAAGUCCUCUUGUCUUACCUGAAGAUCAUGAAGGUGGUGACCUGCCAAAGAAUGCUGCUGUUGAGCACGACCACAAACUCACAGUCGAGCCCGAGCAUGACGAGGAGGAACACAUUUCCGCCGCAGUAUACUACCCGCAUCCGGGCCCAUCGGCCGAAGAGAUUGAGCGCUUCAAGUCGCCAGGUGAUUUAUCACCUGAUAUACCGCCACUCGAUGCCUUACUGUCGCCUCGCGCUGAAGCAGAGCCACUCGGCCCGAACCAAGUCGAUGACAAUCAAGACGAGCAUGCUGCCGAUCACAUCGACAUUUCCGUCGUGUCCAGGCAUGACACAAAGAUCUUCCAUGGCGAGUAUCAGCCUGCUGAUCAAGUCGAGGAGGCUGUCACUCCGAAGCUGGCACCUGUUGAAGACCCAAGAACCUUCAGUGCCUCCGAAUCGGAGCUUGAAUCGGGCGACGAAUAUGGUCAGCAAAGUCAGAACGAAGACAUGGCCCGGACUCCGACGCAACCUCGCAGUCCAUCACGAAAGCGUGCUGAAAAAGCUGUCAGACCGAGGAACAAGGUGGUUCUGGAGCCCUAUAAACAUCAAGUAGGCGGUCAUUCCACCAUCUUUCGCUUCUCCAAACGUGCCGUGUGCAAACAGCUCAAUAAUCGCGAGAAUGAGUUCUAUGAGCGUAUUGAGCAGCGCCAUCCUGACAUGCUAAAGUUCUUACCCAUGUACAUUGGCGUGCUGAACGUCACCUUCUCGAAAGGUCCGAAGCAGGAUCAGCAAGUUGCGUCGACAUCAGAACAACCAAAUGCGACAGCCGGUGAAGUCGCAGGUGAUGCUGACCACAAGCAUGAAACAAACGGCCUAGCAUCUGGUGAACAUUUGCAACAAAACGGCGAACAACCCCGUGUUGUCAGCCAUUCGCAGGUGUUUGAUGCUGUUCCGCAAGUGCUCAUUGCACAGAACAGACAUAUAAUACCCUCGGACUACUUCGCUCUACCUGAAAGACCGCGAAGUACUGAUCCGAAUCAUGGUCGAAAGAGGAGCACUGAUGUUGAUCGGCCAGAAAGCUCACAUGUGCCCAAUGGAAGCAGUGCUUCACUGAGACCAGCGAUGCCAGAUCACACUCCUAGCUGGGGCAACACUACGGUCAACUCACAGCUAAAGGAGAAGGUCCUGCGAGAUGUUUUUGGAGAUCCGGUUCGACACUCUCAGCGACAUGUGCAUCAUUCAACGCAUCCACGCAUCAGGAAGCCGGGCCAGCGAAGAAGGAGCAAUCUUUCGAUGAAUACCCUGUCCAACGCUAGCCGUAGCACGGACACACUAGUGGACACUGGAGCUCUGAACGGCCAGCCUGUACGUCGUGAGAUUGAGAAUGGGCCCCCUACUCUAGCUUCAUCAGUAUCUGCAUAUGAAGAUAUGCGAGCCCUCGAUCGAGUUCAUACAGCGGAUAGCGCAGCUUCUUCCGAGUCCAUCGCGAGUACAAAGCCGCAUGUUCGGCGACGAGCUUCUGGGAUGGCUCUAAGGAGACGCAGAACGUCAGUGAAUGGCACCGAUAAACCGGAUUUGGAGUACUUCUCCGACGCAGCUUAUGUUGAAGAUGAUGUCGGUGGCGAUGUCUUUACGAUGGACGAUGACAAAAGAUCCGGUGGCUCAACCGAGCAACAUAAGCACGCCGCAACCAAUGGUCACGCAGUAUCCGACCGGCACUCUGGAGACUCACGUACUUCCGACGGCCACCAUCAGAAGAUGCAUCAUACCCUACAUCAGCCUCCCGCCACUCCCUCCAACCCGAAAGAAGCUCAAGCAAUCAGUAAAUCAGGAGAUCGAGUGGCCUUCUUCAUCCUACUCGAAGACCUCACCAGCGGCAUGGGCCGACCCUGCGUCCUAGACCUCAAAAUGGGCACCCGCCAGUACGGCGUCGAAGCAACAAAGAAGAAGAAGGAAUCCCAGCAGCGCAAAUGCAAGACAACAACCUCCCGCCAACUAGGUGUCCGCGUCUGCGGUAUGCAGACCUUCGACAAGAAACUCAAGAAAGCAUCCUACGAAGACAAGUACUACGGUCGCGACCUCAAAGCUGGGCCUGAAUUCCGCGACGCACUCACUCGGUUUCUGUUUGAUGGCGCCAGCUACCGCAGCGUGGCCAUCCAUAUUCCGACGAUACUGCACAAGCUCAACAAGCUCGAGAGCAUGGUCCGGCGCCUUCCAGGGUAUCGCUUCUACGCCAGCAGUUUGCUAAUGCUGUAUGACGCCGAACCGGAGAGGUCUCGCGAAGCACUCGAGGCGGAGAAGCAGGGUGUCGAUAUCGCAAAGAAGAAGCAGAAAGAAGGCAAGCCAUGGCCACCAGAGAUUCGGGUCAAGGUUGUGGAUUUCGCGAAUUGUAUUGUGGGAGAAGAUCCAUUGCCGGACGAUACGCCUGCGCCGCCGACGCAUCCCCAGGAGAUCGAUCGAGGGUAUCUGAGGGGACUGAGGACGCUGAAGGCGUACUUUGAGCAGAUUCUUGCCGAUAUUAAGCGCGAGGAUGUUAUUGAGCGGGAGGCGGAGACGAGUGGGACGACGGCUGAUCAGCAUGAUGGUUCUGCUGGGCUGAGCCGAACCCUCUCGGGCACGAAAUUCACUGUGCCAAACAUGAGGAUGGGAGACGAUGAGGACGUCAGCGUGUGA